GCUAAUGCUUUCUGGAACCAAGGAAAGGAAGUCGUUCAGAAAGCAUAUGAAGAGAGUAAAAAGCAGGGAGCCUCUGGCACACCUGCUAAUAACGAUGGACGGCCUCGUUGGAUGCAAACUGGCACUCCCGACAUCCCUGACAUGCAAGAAUCUAUGCAGAGGCAACCAAAGAGUUCCGGAUUUAGGGACGAUGAUGAUGUUCGAGAGAUGGACGCGGCACCGCGACCCCAACCUCAGAGACGACGAGAGCCCACGGGCCCAUCCUCGUCUACGCCAGCACCUGCAUCUCAAACAAAUGACAUAUCCUUGUUUGGUGACGAUGCUCCUAGUUACGUUUCUCCACAUAGAAGGCGACCUGCCCCGACUAGCUCACUCGCCGGAUUGGACGCACCCGCACCCCGCUCCACUUCCCGCAGACCUGCACCAUCUCCUCGACCCGAACUGCGUGCAUCACGUAUCAAUAUCGUUAUUCCUGAAACGUCCCCAAGUGCUAUUGCAACCAGUGUAGCAGCUCGUACAAAGGGAACCGAAUUGUUCAAACUUGGCCAGUACGCCGAAGCCGAAGCCGCCUAUACAAGGGCCAUAACGUCGCUUCCCUCUAAUCAUAUCCUUUUGGCUUCUCUAUACACAAACAGAGCAGCGACCCGCUUAAAGACAGGUGAUCCAGGAGGUGCCGUAGGUGACUGCACGAGUGCCUUCAAGCUUAUGACAGUGGAGGACGACAUGUCCAAACUCAUGGAUAUAAAUGAAAGCAUGACAUGGACUUUUGACGGAGUCCCAGGAAAGCUCGAUCUUCGAGAGCAGGCGGUCAAAGCCCUGCAAAGAAGAGCGGCCGGGUUGGAAGGUAUGGAGCGGUGGGAUCGUGCCAGGCAGGACUGGGAACGACUAUCUGGACUUCAUUGGCCUCAGGCACAAGGAAGGGUCAAGGAAGAGGCCACUAGAAGUGCGG